AUGCGCGACCUCGCGGAUUUUCCUGCUGAAUUAUUGCAUCCAAUCCUUGGCCUUGCAUUCGCCGGCCGCCCGCCGCCCUCUAGGUUCGACCAUGACCCCGAUGGCGUUCUGGAUCUGCGCGGUCUCAGCCGCCUAUUGCUGGUUAAUCAUAGAUGGCACGAAACAUUCUUGCCUUAUGUUUAUUCCUCCUGGUCCUUUGAUGGUGGCUACCAACCCUACAGGUGUCUCUGGAAGUUCUUUCGAACAAUAAUGACCCACCCACACCUGGCCGCCUUGGUGCAAACCCUAAAUAUUGGCAACUGGGGAUUUGGCCUGCCGUACUAUAUUGCAGAGCAGCCUCUUAAUCUUGACGCAGAAGAGCUUGGCUUGGUCUCCAAGGCCGUCCACCUAGCUGGACUUCAACACCUGGAAGUGGAGAUUCUGUCCAAGGUCUCCACACCCUUGGCCCGCAAUCAUCCCCUGGUCGCUCUACUUCUUGCACGCCUGCCAAACGUGUCAACAAUAUAUGCACACAUUCCAGACUCGGAUCCGUAUUUACAUUCCGUCUUGCUAGCUGCCUUGGAGCGACCUUGCACCAUAUUCACAAAUCUCAAGACAAUCUAUCUUCUCCCCGAGGUGCCAGUCCUGGAGCCGUACGCACCUGAAUUCAAAUCAGACUCUGCAUACUACCCUGCGUUGAGCCUUGAUAUGACCUGGCCGGCUCUGUACCUGCCUACUCUUAGAGCCUUAUAUCUUUACAACUUGGAGACCAAGGGGCUGGCUGAUUUGCUAGCAAGCCAUGCCCCAAAACACGCUCGGGAGUGCCUAAUCACGUGUCUUUCCAUCGCAACACAUAAGGACUCAAAAUGUCUCCCAGAGGACAUAUCUGCCCUGUUAGCGUUACCCAAGGCCCUAACCAGCGUCUCGCUUUUCUGGAAUAAUUACAAGUUCAAAACAGGUCCCUCCAAGAAAGAUGUUGUGUAUAAGGUCUCCAAUAAUCAGAUCUACCACGUCCUCCAAAAGCAUUCAUCCAGCCUUGAAAACAUUGACAUUUUCCACGGACUUAGCACUGGUCACCAUAAUAUUAAGGACCAUUUCGGUCCCUUGACGAUGUUUGUGGUAAUGAAGAGCCUUACAGUACAGGCAGAGGUCUUGCUCGGCUGCGAUGAUUCUAAAAUACUCACCUGCCUGCCAGCAGGCCUCAGGACCCUGACAUUGAUGGUCGACACGGUUCGCCAGGCACGCUUGCCGGGUUUACUCUCCCAGCUGGGCCUCCUCGUUGAAUCCGACAAACCCACUCUCAAAAGACUACGGCUCUGCGAGAACAACCCCAAGUACACGGAUCCUGAUACCUUAGAGGCCUACCAAAACCUCCUCGGCGUCUGCGCGCAGCACAAUGUUUCAUUUGGCAUCGUUGGAUAUUGGUCACCAGGCGACACAGACUGUCUAAUCGCCAGUGGCGGGCGGUGCCCGUGGAUAUGGAGGAAGACAAUGCACAUGAUGGGCACGGGCAUCCACCGGAGGGAGAAGGUGCGGACAAGGCUUGUUAGACGAGAGUUUGGGGAGUCAUCGUCGUCUGGCGGGGAGGAUGAGACGAAUUUUACAUAUGGAGUCCAUACGGUUCCAUUCAGGGACCAUCGGGGGAGGGCCUCAUUCAUGGUCUUUGAGGCCCGGGAUCCUCCAAAGCUUCCGCCAUUGAUCUCAUGCUCGUUCUAUUUCACGCAUCCGGAUACCGAGCCCGGAAGUCUCGAUCUGGAGGGAUUGUUUAGGGCGAUCGAGAACCAGAAAGACGACUUCCACGUCCGGCUAGAUAUCUACUUCCUCCCUGGCGCGAGCGAAACAGACUGCAUAGCACACUACCGCGCAGAAAGGGCCACGCGCGCCGACUCCCGCGUCCAAAUGCAAGAGUCCCGCCAGCGGCGUGGCGUCGAGAGCAUCCCUCCCCUUCUCCGGCCACUACCAGGCAUGAUCCAACGACUACGGGGGCGGGAGCGCUUCGAGGGGGCACUGUGCAUCUGCGCGGACCCAGACUGGAACAGUAACAGCGGUAACAACAACAACAACAACGGGAACCCGGAGCAGACUUUCUCCUGCGUCCAGUUCCGGGCGAGGGAUGAGGUCGAGGAGACUGGGCUGCCGCCACGGUUCACAGAGGUGUUCCCGCUCGCGGGGAAUACCGAGUCGGCUGUUUCGGGGUGGGUGUGGAAUCUCGCGCAUGGGUUUUUGGAUGAGUUCCUCGGGCCUUAUCAGAGGGCUGAGCGGAAGGGGUGGGGGUAUUGGUAG